AUGGUACUCUGCACUGGCAUCUACAAGGAUUCUGUGCUCCAAGCUUAUACUACAACGAAAGUGCAGAGAGUGCCUGCUAAGGCAAGCUCCACAGCGUGCCAUAACAUGCUUUAUCCUUAUGCUGUGUACUAUUGCCACUAUAUCGGAGAAGGAAAAAUCUACAAGGUGAAGUUGGAAGGCGAACAUGGAAGCACAGUGGACGCGAUUGCAGGGUGCCAUCCUAACACUAAGAAUUGGGAACCAUUUUCAACAUGGUUUCAAGUCCUCCCCGCAGGCAAAAAGGCAGAUCAACACAAUUAUGCUUGCCAUUUCUUACCUGAUACCCACAUUGUUUGGGCUCCUGUUUAA